CUUCUUUGUUUCGUAAAUAUAAUAUUUUGUCUCGUGUGAAUAACGGUGCACAAAACAUAGACUGUCACGGUCAAUAUAUAUAUAUGUAAACCCUACCACCUGGUUCUUGAUUAUGGGUCCCUUCAAAUCCUCCGUGACAAUUACCAAAUUAACAAAGAAAGGUAUCAUCAUCAUGGGUUAGAACUCUCUUCUUGUCUCCUCCAUUAUUCUAGAUCUCUCUCCAAUUCAAAAAUUAUUAAAUUCUUCUUCUUCUUUCAGUAAUUCCUCAAUUGGGUUAGCAGAAUUUCUUGGUUUUUGGGUCAACCAUGGCGAUGGUUCGGGUUCCUCCAUCAACUCUAACUAAAGACCCGAAAAAUCCAAGAUUUUGUAUUCACACUACCAAGUUAUCUCACCUCUGUUUGAAACCAAUUCAAUGCUCGUUUUCCAAUCUCAAUGCUGUUCACAAGCCUGUAAAACCAGUGACUCAAAGUCCGGUUUUUUCCCAAGUGGGUGGUCAGCAAAUGGUGGGUUUGAGUGGGUUUGGUUAUUGGGUUCAGGGUUUUAGGUGCUUUCCAUGGCUAGCUCUUAACUUUCAUAUGGCUAACCAUCUGAACCUGCAUCCAUCGGUGUUGCAGCUUGUGCAACAUUCCGGUAAUCUUCCCAUGGUGGCUAAGCCUCUCUAUGGGAUCCUUUCGGAUGCUUUUUAUAUUGGUGGUGCUCAUAGAUUGCCUUAUAUUCUCAUUGGAGUCUUAUUGCAGGUUCUAUCUUGGGCUCCAUUGGCGUUGAUCCCAGCUGCACGCGAAGGCCUUCCUAGCGUUUUGGCAUGCAUUCUUCUCGGCAAUCUUGGCGCAUCAAUUGCAGAAGUUGCAAAUGAUGCUCUUGUUGCAGAGUAUGGCCAAAAACACAGAAUGAAAGGCCUACAAUCUUAUGGUUUUAUGGCUUUGGCUGUGGGUGGAAUUUUAGGCAACUUGUUUGGUGGCUGCUUCUUACUGAAAACACUACCUAAAAACAUGUUCCUCGUAUUCGCCUGUCUGUUAUCUUUUCAACUUGCAAUUUCAUCAACUUCUAGAGAGGACUCUCUUGGUAUAUCACAACCAGCAUAUCAAAAUCUUGCAAAGCAAGCAAUCUGGGAAAAUAUCAAGAAACAGCUUAGCGAUCUGAAAAUGGUGUUAUGCGAAGACAUUAUCUCUCGCCCUCUUAUAUGGGUCGUAGCCUCUAUAGCCGCAGUCCCAGCUCUCUCAGGUUCGAUCUUUUGCUAUCAAAUACAAUGUUUGCAUCUUGAUCCUUCAAUUAUUGGCCUGUCACGCGUGAUUGGCCAGUUAACGCUUCUCUCAAUGACUGUACUCUAUGACCGUUACUGGAAAGAUGUGCCAAUGAGAAAGUUGAUAGCUGCGAUCCAGUUCGUAUACGCUUCGUCUCUUCUUCUUGACUUUGUUCUAGUGAAACAGAUAAAUCUUAGACUCGGAAUUCCAAAUGAGGUAUUCGCGUGCUGUUUUUCGGGUUUAUCGGAAACUCUUGCCCAGUUUAAGGUUCUUCCAUUCACAGUGCUAUUGGCAAGUUUAUGUCCUAAGGGUUGUGAAGGGUCUCUUAUGUCUUUCGUAGCUUCGAUGCUGUGUUUAUCGUCGAUUUUCAGUGGAUUUCUAGGUGUUAGUUUAGCUUCCAUGAUGGGAAUAACAACUGGUGAUUACUCAAGCCUGCCUAUAGGAAGUUUGAUACAGUUCAUUGCAGCAUUACUGCCAUUGGGAUGGAUUAUGUACAUACCUUCUCAGCCCUCUAUUGAGAAGGAACGAAGGAGAGGUGCUAGUAAAAGAUCUCGAAGAAAUAGAAGGAUCGGAAGAGUCGCGCUACCUCCAAUUUUUGUUUACAGGAGAGAGAGAGAAUCUGAGACGCAGAGAUAGGAGAGUAGUUGGUCUUGCAAUGGACUUCGAGUAAAAGAACUGGAAGAAAUAGAAGGAUCGGAAGAGUUGCGUAACUUGCGGUAGGCUCAACUUCUGUUUAAUGGAGAGAAAGAGAAUAUGAGACGCAGAGGUAGGAGAGUUGGUUGGUCUCGCAACGAAUGCUCUGGCAUGUUGUACGGAAACAGCAGCGCUGCAGCGCUGAAAUCUCUGAAGCGGGAAAUGGAAAAACGGUGUAGUUUAUAAAUAUUGGUUAUAAAUUUAAGUUUCGGAGAUUCGGAAGCAUUUUUAGAAAAUGGAAAGGAAACAUUGAAAUGUAGUAUUCGACAAGUUUCCGACUAAUAUUAGAUGCUCUGGAUUAGUCCUGAGUGUAGUUUCAUGCUGCACUUCCUUUCAUUUUCUUUUGUGAAUAUAAAUUAUCUUCAUUUUCAUA